AUGCUGCCCACCGGCGACUACUCUCAGCCGCUGCCAGCUCCGGCGCUCACGCCGGCAGUGCGCCAGCUUGACGACCUCCCGUCCGACGUCUUGAACAAGCUCCUCGCUGGCCUCCCGGCCUCCGAGGUGGCCCGCUCGUCGGUGCUGUCGCAGACCUGGCGCAGCCGCUGGGAGUCCGUGGCCGGCCUCGACAUCGACCUUGACGACCGCGUCCGCGACUGGGAGUCCGCGGCGGGAUUCCUGGAGCGCUGCGCGGCGCCUGUCCGCGGCGUCAGCAUCCGCGGUAUCCCGCUGCGCCUGUUCGACCGCGCCGACGGCUGGGUGCGCACCGUCGCAGGCAAGAGCCCGCGGUCUCUGUCCCUGGCGCUGCCCAUGCCCACCGCUGUCCCUUCCCUCUUCGCCUGCGACCCCGCCGCGCUGGCCGCGCACAAGCUGAUCACCCGCGUGCUGCCGACGCCGCCACCCGCCUUCACAGGGUUUCGCGGCCUGACAGCGCUGGACCUGGACUACGUCAUGUUCUCCGGAGAUAAGGGGUGGGAGCGGCUGGAGGCCAUGAUCUCGGCAGCAGCGCCGACCCUGGAGAAACUGCGGCUGGCGAACACCGCGUUCGACUUCGACCAUGUCGCCCCCGGCGAGGGCCUCCCUGGCACGUGGAUCAUCCAGGCACCAAACCUCCGGUGGCUGGAGCUGCGCCUGACGAUGGCCGGCGCCGGCUCCUUGAGCUAG